GUUGGAGAUAAAUAAAUUAGUGGGCACGCAACCGGCGUGCACCGCGCGCUGCGAAUAUAUAAGGACGGCGUCCAUUUUAGCUCCACGCAUUCGGAGGUGGAAUUUCUCAUUCGAAGGUCGUCGUUUCAGUGAUGCCAAUGGAUCACAACGGAGAUGAACAACAGCGUAAGCUGUUUAUCGGUGGCCUCAGCUUCGAGACCACGGAGGACAGCAUGCGGAAGCAUUUCGAACAAUGGGGCACGCUAACAGACUGCGUGGUGAUGAGGGAUCCGCACACAAAGCGGUCACGUGGCUUUGGGUUCGUCACCUACACGUGUCCCGAGGAGGUGGACGCCGCCAUGGACGCACGACCCCACCACCUGGACAACCGCGUGGUGGAAGCCAAGCGCGCCAUCUCUCGCGAGGACUCCCUAAAGCCGGGAGCACACCUCAAGGUUAAGAAGAUCUUUGUGGGAGGAAUUCGCGACGACACGGACGAGCAGCACCUGCGCGAGUACUUCCAGGUGUAUGGUGAUGUGGAGGCAGCGGAGGUGAUGGAGGAUCGUUCUACCGGCAAGAAGAGGGGAUUUGGCUUCGUUACGUUUUCUGAUCACGACACCGUGGACAAGGUCAUCGUGCAAAAGUACCACACCAUCAAUGGUCACAAGGCAGAAGUGCGGAAGGCACUUUCCAAGCAAGAGAUGAACUCCAGUGGAGGCCCCAGAGGUGGAAGCCGUGGAGGGAGAGGAAGCUAUGGAAGCCGGGGUGGUGGUGGCGGUGGUUAUGGAGGUGGCUAUGGUGGUGGUGGUGGAUACGGGGGUGACGGCUACAAUGGAUAUGGUGGUGGUGGUGCAGGUGGGUAUGGUGGUGGUGGAGGAGGAGGGUACAGUGACCGUGGAGGCUCCUAUGGAGGCUAUGGGAAUCAGGGAGGUGGAUACGGAGGUGGCGGAGGAGGGUACGACAACUAUGGAGGUGGCUCUAGCUACGGUGGUGCAGGUAAUUACGGUGGUAGCAGUGGGGGGGGUUAUGGUGGUGGAGGUGGGGACUUUGGCAAUUACAAUCAGCAGCAAUCGAGCUAUGGUCCCAUGAAGUCGGGUGGUGGCGGCGGCAGCUAUGGAGGAAGGAACUCAAGUGGACCGUAUGGUGGUGGAUACGGUUCAGGUGGUGGCAGCAGUGGAAGCGGUGGCGGCGGUUAUGGUGGUGGUGGCGGCGGUGGUGGAGGAGGACGGGGCCGAUACUAAGUGAUCAUGGCCAUGAAGGAAAUCCAAAGGUGUGGAGGGUGGCGACUGGGUUUGACAUGCAGGUAAGUAUUGACUGACCUGGGAGUGGCGGUGAAAGGUAUGGUAUGUAGUAUUAAAAAGUCGAGCUUGUUUUUGUGGUGCCUGGCCUGCAGUUUCUCCUUAAUUCCUUUGAGGUCAAACAGGUUUGGCGAGGCUGUAAGGUGUGGUAGGCUUUGUAUGGUGCAGAAGCUUGGUUAGGUUGUGCAAGAAUUUCACUUUAGAACCUGGUGUACAGUAGGCCAUUGAGGCAGGCAGUGACAGCUUGUGUGGAGAGGAAGGUAAACGCAUCUUUAGUUAUAUCAGCUCUGCCUAACAAGCUAUCUGGUUUUCCAUUUUGUGCAAUUGAGACGAGGUAUGCUGAUUUCUGUAUUAAACUAAGGACCGGCAGUUUGAAAACAACCUGAACAUAGGUGAGGGGAGCUCUUGGAAAUAGGUGUAGACUUACAUUGAUGGAUAUGAAGGCAUGGAGUGAAGAAGCUAGCUUGAAAUGGAUGUAUGAUUUCUGCAGAGGUGUAAGAAUGCAAGAUCAAUGAAGUCUUAGAGGUUUUUUUUGUUUUAGAUGUAAGGAUGUCUGAAUUGGUCAAAAUGGACCAUAGUGCAACGUUCUGAGAAAUUUUAUUAUAGUACUUGAGUUAAAUUUGCCGUUCUAUACAAGGUUUAUACCACUUGGUAAAUUUGUUAUUGGUAUAACAUUGCAUAUGUGAAGAAACAGCUAACCAGUGCUCGAUUUAAAAUGGUUGUGGCUUAAGGUUUUGAUUAUAAAUGCCAGCUCUGCUGGAGUUAAGAAAUCACAAGCCAGUUUUGGUGCAAACUGUUUCAACCCUUGGCAGCUAAGAUAGCUAAUAGUCUGAAACUUGCCAAACUGACCAAUGGUGUGGGAAAACUGGGUCAUGACUUUACAGUGUUAAAGGAAAGAUGUUUGAACUUUUUUCCUAUCAGGAUUUCUAACUUCAAGAUUGUAAAUUUUGGUGGCCAUUUUGCCAAGUGAGUUACAUUUGCGUUUAUGAACAUUUUGUACAAUAUAGGAAUUAUUUUUAGAUCAAUUUGCCUACCAAUUGGCAAAUUUUACUGAUGUAUAAAGCUGUUUUGCACGUUUUGGCCUUCAUGUUUACAGAUGCCAUGUAGCCAUACAUGGAAUGGUUGAUGUGAGCGCUGUCUGCGAGUUUGAGGUAAUUCAGGUGGUCAUCUAUUGGCUGCCAUAGGUGUCAUUCAGACUUGGCAAUGCACUUUCCCCCCAAUACAGGUCAAAUGUAAAAUAAUGGUUUUAAAUGAAUGAAAUUGAGGCCCAUGGCAAAAUCAAAGAUGGUCACAAAAAUGGCUGCCAGAAAUGAACCUUUUGAUAUAAAAGUUAAUUGGCAAUAGAUCCUUACUGAGGAUGCUUAUAAACAGUUUGGAAUGUUGGUUAGGUGACUUUCAUUGUUGGACAGCUCAUUGCUGUUGGAUUUUAGGUUUUCUAUAGCAGGGACAAGUGUUUUCAGUUUAGGGUGUAUUGUGUAGUGUUUACUAACGUUUAAGGCAGCUUUCCAUGAUGAAGCUGCUGAACUUCUCCAAGCAUUAAGGUUUCAAAGCAUUCAGAAUCUACGUUUUUGGGGUUUCAAGUCUUGUAUUUAUUUUGAAAUAAAUUUAAACCGUCAAAA